AUGGGCUGCAAGUCCUCCAAGGGAGCAUCAGCAUCGCGCCACCACCGUUAUUCUCAGCAGAGCGAUAGGCAUUCUCUCAAUUCAGCGUCUAGCAGAAGCUUGGAUCCUGCUCAUGUAGGGGUAUAUCCCAUGGAUUACCUGAGGAUCUCUCAACGGUUCCAGUCACAUGAGCAGGUACCCUUUUUGCCGUCAUAAUCUUCUCCCCCCCCCCCGUGCAGCUAGUCCGCAGAACCAGGGGGGGCAGAGAAGUUUCAGAAGGACGUCGUCUCCUAUCUCCUUAUUGCCUAGAGAAAACCAAUUGGGUUACUAUGAUUUUUUCUUUCUGAUUUCGAGGAAUUCGAUCUGGUUGCUGAGUUACUAUCCGAUCCUCUGUGUCUCAGGUGAGCGACGCUCUCGCACAAGCCGGGCUCGAAUCUUCGAACAUGAUUCUGGGAGUCGACUUCACGAAGAGCAAUGAGUGGACAGGUUCUCCUGGACACACCUCUCUCUCUCUAUCUCUCUCUCUCCAGGAUGGCUGCUUGGUUGCCAAUUUGGGUAACUCAGCCAGCCCAUAUGAUCAUCAUAAAAAUUCCUCCCUAAGAAUCUUCAUAUCAUCACAAAUAUGAAGAAAUAACGGGGGGUGGAAUCCAUGAUUUGGUGCCAAAAGGGCUCGUAAGUACCUCGUUCUUUCUGGUUUUUUGUGGUUUUGAACGCAGAAUGGUUGAUGAUUUUAGUCCCUUCACUUGCUGGCAAUAGAAAUCUACAACGCUUUCAUCGAGUUUAUUCAUCGAAUUUUGGCUUUGAAGUAUCGGACAGCAUAAGCUACUCCGCCUCCUUUCAUGGCUCUGGGGAUUGCUUACUUACUAAUUGCAGCAGGUUUCUGACUAUCUGCAGGCAAGUUUUCCUUUGGCCGCCGCUGCUUGCACGACCUCAACCAUCCGCCAAACCCGUAUGAGCAGGCGAUAUCCAUCGUCAGGAGGACCCUUUCCUCCUUUGACGAGGACAACCGCAUCCCCUGCUUUGGUUUUGGCGACGGUUAGUUGGGUGACUGCUAUCCCUUUGAACCCAACUAUAGAUCCAAUCUCUCUCUCUCUCUCUCUCUCUCUCUCUCUCUCUCUCUCUCUCUCUCUCUCGCUCUAGAUUCCCUUCAGACUCAUCAGAGCUUGCGUUCUUUGUGUAUUCAGUGUCGACCCAUGAUCAGAGCGUCUUCAGCUUCACCUCAGAUGGCAAGCCAUGCAACGGGUUUGAUGAUGUGCUGCAAUGCUACAGAGAAAUUGCUUCCAAUGCUCAAUUAGCAGGUACCCGCGUGCCCCUUGCAGUGUAUCUUUCCUGUGGUUUUGCCGCUGAACUUAAUGGAGUUCGGCUCUGAGAACAGGCCCGACAUCCUUUGCUCCAAUCAUCGAGGCCGCCAUGGGCGUUGUGGACGAGAGCGGAGGCCAGUACCAUGUUCUUCUGGUUAUCGCUGAUGGGCAGGUCAGAUGCUCUGCCUCCUUGGUCUCCUUGGUUUUUCUCUCCCAUGUAGCUGAUUACAGAAGCAAACUCGGAUGCUCUGUUCUGUGCUGAUGGAUUUUGAUUUGGAUGGGCCGAUGGCUCUCGCAAAGUGGACUUUUUGGAGAUCAUCGUUUUGACCUUGGUGGCUCAAUGCAGGUGACCCAGAGCGUCAACCCUGUACAUGGCCAUCUCAGUGUACAGGAGAUAGCGACCAUCAAUGCCAUUGUGAAAGCUAGGCAAGGAGCAGCGCCUUCUCUAAACCCUCUCUCUCUCUCUCUCUCUCUCUCUCUCUCUCUCUCGCGUACUGAUUAAACGUCUGUCUUUGUUGCAGCGACUACCCUUUGUCGAUAGUGGUGGUGGGCGUCGGGGACGGGCCUUGGGACACGAUGAGGGACUUCAGCGACCGCAUACCGGCCCGGAGAUUCGACAAUUUUCAGGUCAGAUACUCCGCGGUGUUCUAAUUCACGCUGAAAGCGUCUGUUGUCUUAUCAGAGGUGCGUUCUUUGAUGAACAGUUUGUCAAUUUCACGGAGAUCAUGGCCCGGGACUUGCCGCAGAAAAGGAAGGAGGCGGAAUUCGUGCUGGCGGCUCUCAGGAAGGUCCCCUCCCAGUACCGGGCGACUGUAGAUCUUCAGCUUCUGGGGUAAUGAAGGCUUCAGAGGCCCGAAUAUCUGCUCUUUCCUGAAUUAGCACUUGAGGGAACAUGGAGCUGAUUCUGCUCAGGACUUCUCCUGGAUCUAAUGCAGUUGCAGAAAAGGGUUUUCGAAGAGAAAAUGCCUUCCCCCGCCGAUAUUGUGCCACAGUCCAGCAGGCAGCCAAAGGGAAGGAGGCGGGAGCAUUAUUGAGUACAAGGUCAAACGGUCGCCGGAGAGCUCACCACAGAUCAACGGGCAGGUGUGGAUGGUCUCUCAACUCCCCUGUUUUCAUCUUCUGGGUCUUAUAGUGGAGCUGAGAUUAUUGGAUACCCAGAGAAGAUUUUACCCACAUCUCCAUCCGAGUGUGUAGAACUGCCUGAUCACAGUCCACCUAUUUGCAUUCCAAUUCUCAGUUUAGGUGUCGGAGGCUGAUCCCCUCCUCAUCUUUUAUGUGGUAGAAUUAGAAAUAAAUUCUUUGAUCUAAAUGCUUAAUCCGAAACCCUAAAAUCUCUUGUUUCCAAAACCCUGAACGUUGAACCUCGAGUCUUAAACCCUAGACCUAAAAACCCAUGCCCUAAAUCCUAAAUCCUAAACCCCAAAGCCCAAUCCAACUCACUUUGGGCUAUAGCAUGUUUGUUCCAGAUAGAACCAAUUAAAACCCACAGGCCAUUGGCUGAGACCCGUAGGUUUUACAUACCUAAAUGGACAUGAAAUUGAGAGAUCUUUGGCCUCUUCUAGUCGUUUAAGGCCUGCAGAGUGCAGUUUUAUUGGAAUUUCUGUGUUGGAUCCCAUUACUGACGUCCGAGAAUCUCCUUCUUGUGACCUGACAGAGGUGCCCUGUUUGCCUCUGCAAUGUCAAGGAUCUCGCCUUUGGAUGCGGUCACCAGGUCAAACCCUCUCUGACUUCCCCGUUGGUGGGUUUCUUUAUAGCGUGAGGUGGCUUGCUGACUCUUUGUGUUUGCAUUGCAGACUUGUUACGAUUGCGGGGGAGUCUUGCAGUUUUGCCCGAUUUGCAGGAGUUCCAUAACCAUAAAGAUUAGGCUUUACUGA